AUGCGAAUCGAGUUUCCCAGACGUUCCAAGAAAUGUGUCGUUCCCGCGGGUGGAGAUCCCAAGGGCGAUGAUGCUCCUGCGAUCCUGGCGGCUUUCAAGGAAUGCAGAGAAGAUGGCCAUAUUGUUUUGUCCAAUACGACUUACUAUAUCUCUACUAUCAUGAACACGACAGGUCUCAGAGAUGUGGAUCUCGAAUUGAGGGGAACAAUGCUGUGGGAUACGAACUUCGACUACUGGCUCAAGAACUCCAUGCCCAUUGGAUUCCAGAAUCAGACUGCUGCUUGGCACCUCGGAGGCGAGAAUCUGCAUUUCUACGGAAAUGGAUAUGGCACUCUGGAUGGGAAUGGACAGGCAUGGUAUAAUUUCAACCAAGGCGUUUCCAAUCGCCACGGAAGACCUCACGCGAUCCUCAUCACUGGAACAAAAAAUUCCGUCAUUGAAGGCCUUCGCUUCAUCAAAUCCCAAAUGUGGACCAUGACUGUCGCCAGAUCCGAAAAGGUUCUCUUACAGGAUAUCUACGUCAACAAUACUUCGGACAAUCAGGAUGGUUACGGAUCAAACAUCAAUACGGAUGGUGUGGAUACGGUCUACGCUAAUAAUAUCACUUUCCUGAGAUGGAUCGUGGAUAAUGGCGACGAUUCGAUUUCCAUGAAACAGAACAGCACGAACAUUUACAUCGCCAAUUGUACGUUCUACAACGGCCAGGCUCUCGCGAUGGGCAGUAUUGGCCAGUAUCCGGGACAGAUUGAAGUCAUUGAGAAUGUAACGGCCGUGGAUAUCAAAUGCGUGAACACGGGCUAUGCUGCGAGGGUGAAGACCUGGACGGGCGAGGAGAAGGGGUAUCCGCCUAAUGGGGGCGGCGCGGGUCUGGGCUGGGCGAAGAAUAUCACAUUUAAGAAUUUCGAGUUGGAGAAUGUCAAUCUAGCUUGGGCGUUGGCGCAGUGCACGAAUUAUGAAGGGAAACAGGGGGCUUGUGAUACUUCGAAGUUCCAGGUAAGUCGUCCAUGUCCUGCUCAUCAAGUAUCGAUUGACGCUGAGCUGGAGACUAUUGUAGAUCUCCGAUAUGCACUGGGGCAACGCGAACGGCACGCUCAAGGGCGAUCGCGUGGCUACGUUGCAGUGUUCUGCGGCGGCGCCCUGCUAUAACAUCGAACUGUCGAAUAAUACGCUCUGGGCUCUGGAUCAGAAUAUCCCGAGCUCUUCAUACCUCUGUGAGCAGGUGGAGAAUGCGAUUGGGUUCCAUUGUACCGGGGCGUGUGAUGGACAAUGCCCGCAUGUGCGUUGGGAAACCCCCUUUUUGACAUUCCCUCAGAGAUAUGCUGACUGAACCAGUAGGACUGA